AAAGCCCGAGGAUUGCAUAAAAGCAGUUUAAACCUCGAUUAGAUUAAUUAUUUGAAAUUUGACCUGGGCUAGGUGCUUAAACGCAACGGCUUUGGGCUGGCAGACUCACGGGUUACUUGAGGCGAACCCCGUACCUAGCGGCCCGCGACUUUUUAGCCAUAUAAGAGACGCUUAGUGAAAUAUGUCGCCAGCUCUUAGACUAUUACGGUAGGGUCUGACAAGGGGUAGGGUUUACAAAUUACAGAUACUUCCUAAUCAAUACUGUAUUGACGCCGAACCUUUUAUUCUUUGCUGCCUAUAGGCAUAUUGAUCUUAUUUUUACAUUGCACCAAUUAGCAAUUAGCAAUUGCGAUAGCGGCACUUUCAAUGGAUACUUAAUUCUUGGUGGUAAGGCUUAACAAGUCUUGCUUGUUAACUUUGAGGGUUGAGCCAGAGCUCGUGUUUCCUACCUACCUACGGCGCCGAAUCUAAAAUUACCUGUUGCAAUUAACUCCAUAUUACUUACGUUGGCGAGAGGACAACAUUACCCUUUACAUACCUAUCGAAAUCGUUGCCUUUGAAAACGUCUUCGUUAAGGCUCAUUAUUCUAGAAGAGCGAAAGGGAGUAAAUUCCGUUAAUUUAUCACAAAAAUCGAAAUGAGAGCAUGUGACAAAUAAUGGAAGUUUCGCAAAAGAUGGAAGCGAAGCUAGUCUAAAAGUGCGUUCCUCCAGCAGAUAAAAAUGACGCAUUACGUAUUUGCCGCUUCUAAAUGUCAACCUUCCAAAUUUGAUUGAUUAGAAGCCAAUUACGCGUGCGCAUUAAGUCAAGGAGUGCGCUACAAGUGUACUGAAUCGCGUGUUCAAGAUUAUUACAUUGAAAGUACUUCGUAAUUUACAUUAAUGUGCUGUAUUCUAUUUAAUUGUGAACGCGAUCGUGAAUGUGCAUGUAAAAAGAUUCGUGAAGAACAGCACCCCAAUUCGGUGCAGUGAAAUCAAUAGGGUGUUCGAGUGAGAAUGUAACAGUAUUUAUGAAAAUGACUAUUAUAAUUAAACAAAUAACUUUUUUAAACUUGAUUUAUAAAUUAAUAAGUCAAUAUGCAUUUUGGAAUGUUAAUGAUUUUUUUGUAUUGGAAGUAUAAGUUAAAACAACCCCUACAUUUUUCAUAAAAAGUUAUCCAAUAUGAAAAAGGGAAAAGGACAUCGUUCUGAUGACACCAUGGACGAAGAGUACGAAGACAAGGACACCAAACGAAAAUCGCGAAAUUUGAGCGAGAAGAAACGAAGGGACCAAUUUAAUCUACUGCUCAACGAGUUGAGCUCCAUGGUUUCGUCCGGUGGAAGAAAGAUGGAUAAAUCGACCGUCCUCAAAUCGACAAUAUCGUUCUUGAAGCAUCACAAUGAAAUUGCCGUCCGUUCUCGAGCGCACGAGAUCCAAGAAGAUUGGAAGCCUUCAUUUUUGACCAAUGAGGAGUUUACCCAUUUAGUAUUGGAUGCUGUUGACGGAUUUAUAAUAGUCUUUUCCGUUUCGGGGCAUAUUCUGUAUGCUUCAGACAAUAUUACGACACUGUUGGGUUAUCUUCCGAAUGAUGUGUUAAACACAACAAUCUAUGAAAUGGCGACCGAAAAGGAACACAACAGUCUAUACAACGUCCUCUUUACACCCGACCAAAAAGGACAAAUAUCCUUUUCUUGCUACUUGAAAAGAGGCGAUUCAGAUCUCUCGCAACGCACCUACUUUGAACUUGUGCAUUUAAUUGGAUAUUUUAAAUCAGAUCCCAGUGAUGAUCAAAGUGAUAGCAGAUAUAAUGGAUAUUCCGAAGGGGAGACGAGACAACUAUUUGUCGGAACGGCUAGGUUACAAACUUCCCAAAUCUUAAAGGAAAUUUCCCUGAAAGACUCGUCGAAGAAUGAGUUUAGCUCUAGACACAGCUUGGAGUGGAAGUUCCUCUUUUUGGAUCACAGAGCGUCUAGCAUCAUUGGCUAUUUACCGUUCGAACUUUUAGGGACAUCCGGGUAUGAUUACUAUCAUGUCGACGAUUUAGACGAGGUUAUUAAGGGCCACAAGGCGUUGAUGGUCAAAGGGGAAGGUACGUCGUGUUAUUACAGAUUUUUAACGAAAGGCGAACAGUGGAUUUGGCUGCAAACCCGAUUUUACAUCACCUAUCACCAGUGGAACUCAAAACCGGAAUUUAUUGUUUGUACGCACCAGGUCAUGAGUUACAGUGAUAUGACGCGUGAACCAAAAGAUCACAGCGAGAGCGAACAGGUGGAGGCGCCAACAUCCAGCUGGUGUAACCGAUUUGGCGCAAGCAAAUUUGAUAACGACAUGUACUCUGAUUGCACCUCAUUGUCCGCUGAAUCUCCAGGGUCGAUUAGAUACUACAACAGCGACUCCAGUCAAACGCACCAGUACGUAGAGCAACCCCAUUACGUUGCUGUUAUACCCAUGAAACCCGUAAUUACAAGUCACCCCGACGUAGAAGUACGCAAACAACGCGCCGAUUUGCAGAGGAAGCACGCCGAGCUUCGGGCGUCGAUCGACCAGCAGCAGGCCGAACUCAUGGCCGUAUCCGAACAACUUUUUAUGACCCAACUAGAAUUGCUACACCCACCCACCCAACACCCGCAGGUGUCAACUUCGUACACUUACAACCAACCAAAUCCAUUGCCAUCCACUGCCGUUUCCAAGAUGAGUAUUGCGAUCGACGAGUCACUCCCAGCAGUUGUUCAAAAUGUCACGGUUUCAGCAAGUGAACUAAAUUCGUCUGACAUAUUGUAUUCGCCUACGGGGUCCAGUACAUCGCUCAAUUUGAUCGAAUUGAAGUGAUCAAAUCGAUAGUAAUUCGAGAGGAAGAAAGAGACUGUGAUUACUUUGUAAGCUUCCCUGAUUCUACAACUCGGGUUUUGUGUGCACUGCUCAGUUAAUCAGGAUUUAUAAGUGCGUGGUGGUUUUUUCUCUAUGACUACUAAUGUCACUGCAAGUAAUCACAUUCUCCAAUGUAUAAAACUCAUCCUAGUUUCAUUUUUGUGUACUAUGGCGAGAGGCGGGAUUUAAAUUUUCUAUUGGUAUCGUGAAACAUUUUAUUAUGAAACUUAAUUGUUUUCCGCAGGCUAAUUAGUCCGGUCAUAGUAGGAAUAGAAAAAAAAAUAAUUUGUGUAGUUCCAAUUUCCAUUCCACGUCGGGAAUGCGUAGUUGAAGUCCCCUGAUGAUUAUGUAAUUAAGUCCCGAGCGAUUUCGGUGCCGCCGGCAGGACGGGAGGGGGUUGAGGGUACAAUUUUGCGGUUUUUCGCCUACUUAUAUCUUGAAAACAGUGCUUCUUAUCAAAAUCGAAAGCUCAUAACAUUUGGUAUAACUUUGUUUCUAUAUAUUUUUUUCAAAAAAAACUCAUCGUAAAAAACUCAAAGUAAUGCAAAAUAGUAGUAUCUAUAAAAUAGUAUUAAGUAUAACGUAGCAAUAGAAAUGGAUUGUGCUGGUCUUGUAUGGUAGUGUUUAUGCUUCGACUUUACCUACAAUAAAAAUUUGAUAUUAAACAUAAAUAUAGUAAAGCAAAGAUAAUGUCCAAUUCAGAAGUACUUAAAAUUCCUGACCCCGUCUACGGCGUCCUCUUUAUCUUCUUUGCAGGAUUGUGGAGAGUUAAAAUUAAAACAGCUUUCUUGGCGGUUGGCCCAGACAGUGGUACAAAAUAUACCGUCCAAUAGUUAUGGUAUUAGGGAAAGUAAUUCUUAUUAAAUUAUAUUAAAUGAAUUGGUUUCUAUACAUAUAUACAUAUAAUAAUAAUAAUAAUUCAUUUAAUGAAAUUUGAAAUGUAACCACAAAAUUACCGAUAUUGCCUAAUUUAUUGAGGAGUUGAAGAUAAAUUAGCAAAUGUCAGUGAUUCAUGAAGGAAAUUUAAUUCCCUACAAUUUCAUAAUAUGUACCUACCUUAAAUAUAUAUUUACAUCUGUGAUAAUACACUUGUGCAUACGUAAAAAGUGAACAGGUAUAAUUAGCUAUAGGGAAGAGUUCGAUCGAAAACGUGAGUUUUCUGAAAAUUGCUCAUCUUCAAGAGGACGUAGCUUAAAAACGAUGCGUUUCAUCGAAAAAAAUGUAUAGAAACAAAGUUGUAGCAAAUUUUAUUUGGUUUUGGUUUUUAAUGCUUUUUCUUGGCAUAUAAUGACCAGACUAAAUAACAAAUGUGCAAGUGGAUGGGAUUCAGUCAGAAUAUUCAGACCAUUCGAAAUUUAACAUUUAACUACGUUGAUCCACUGUUUAAUUGUUAGGUACUGUAAGGUACAGCGUUCCGGAAUGUAUACAGGGUUACCCGACAUUCGCCGCAGCAUACGAAAAUGCCGUUAGCUGCGUGCAAAUAUGAAUUACAAUGCGGCGUACACUUAUAUAGUAAUGCAGGUUUCGACGCAGCAUCGGCCGACACGUUAGAAAUUCCAUGGAAAAGGAUCAUGCAGGAUGAGCACAAGGAAACAACGAAAGAAAAUUGUACUUUAUUCGAAAGAAAAAAAUACAGCCUUCGGUUACAUUAAAAAUGAAACAGCCUUCGGUAACACAAAAAAAGAACAGAGCAGUCUAAGAAAAGAAAUUGCGUCGCAUCUGCCGUUAUAGUAAGUGUUCAAAUAAGUCCCCGCCAGUAGCAAUCGUGUAAUGAAAUCGGUUUUCAAAUUCUGCAGUCACAGACAUGAGUUGGGUAUGAGUGAUACCCGCAGAACAUUCACGGAUGGCAUCUUCCAAAGCAGCAGUGUUCGGAAACGGUCCACUUGCAUAAAUGGAAUCCAGGUGACUCCAGUAGAAGAAAUCGAGAGGGUUCAUGCAUGGUGAGCGUCAAAAUUGUGACAGGAAUUAUCCGAUGAGUAAUGACAAGUAGUGACGAAUCCUAGUACCAUCGCCAACUCGUUGACCAAUGCUGCGUCGAAACCUGCAUUACUAUAUAAAUGUACGCCGUAUUGUAAUUUAUAUUUGCACGCAGCUAACGGCGUUUUCGUAUGCUGCGGCGAAUGUCGGGUAACCCUGUAUAUAUUAUAUUAAACUUUUAAACACUAAUGGCCGUUUGCACCGACAAAUUUAAGUGAAGCUCAGCUUAGCGUAGCUUAAAAUCCAUGGCAAUGAUUAUUGCGACAAUGGCUGUCAUGGAUUUUAAGCUACGCUUAAGCUUAGUUACACUUAAAUUUGUCGGUGCAAACGGUCAUAAAUGAGUAAACAGUACCUAAUAGGCGACACAGUUGGAUCGACAUAAGUAAUAUGCUUUCUAUAUUCGAGUAGAAUCUUAUAGAUUUUCAUAAUCUUUAAAAGUGCCACGAGACAAUUCAGAAUUGGAAUUUUCAGAACGGUCGUAAAACAAAAGGUGAAAAUUCGCUUUUUUUUACACUGAGCAUAUAAGCACUUGCACGAAUGAUCUGUGAUCCCAUCCGCCGCUCCACAAAUGACAUCUCUUGGAAAACUAAUUGUCAACAUUGCUAACCGUUCUGUGCUGGUGACAUUGUCAUGUAUUUUAUAUCUAGAGGAAAGUCAAAUUUCAAAAUGUUCGAGAGAUUCCUACAUCUAUUCAUUUGGCAAAUCUGUUGAUACCGACAUUUUGUACUCAUUUUGUACUCAUUUGUACCGAAAGAAACAAAUUUUGUACCAUUAUCUUUCUUAUUCUUUUCAUUAGUUCCGUCCAUUUUGGAAUUGAUAUUUCAUACCUGUAGUGCAAAUCUUAUCCUCAAUAGCCGAAAUCGGACAAUGCUCGAAAUUUAUAACCAUUAACGCGUUGUGGGCACUGCGGUUUACUCCGAAUGCGAUAAGAGUUUAGUUUUCCGACGAAUGGGUAAAUCAAUUUAAUCAAAACACGUUCUGGGCAUAUUUAUUCACCCACAAUGCAAAGCCAAAUCCCAUGCGCAUCCCCUGUUUCGCAUUAUGGGUCAGGGUAUCUUUGUUUGCUCAUGUCACGUUGCGAAUUUUUAUUUUUAUAAGAGUAGAAUGUUAUUUCUUGAACAAAAGUUGCAUUUUCCAUUUACUUUUACUGUUUCAUUUAAAGGCUCUUUGGCUAAUUCUUAUUACAUGUUAUAUUACACGCAACGCGAAGUGAGCAAACCAAGAUACCUCCACAAUCCAAAGCAAGCGCACAUGAGUAGGUUUUUUUAACUAUUCUUCGGAAACUAGACAUUGCGGAUAAACUGCACUGGUCACAAUGCGUAAUGGCCAAUGGGUAUACAUUUCGGACAGUGUCCGAUUUCGGCUAUUGAGAAUAACACAAAUAAGUACCAAAUAGUUAUAAAUCACAUUAGACCGUCCCUCGUAUUGAAGUGUUACAUUAAGUGUUGCUAUAUGUUUUGUAUGAAUAUAAGUUGAAUGGUUUAUUGAGAACAAGUGAUAUUUUGUGACAAAGUUUUUGGAUAAGUGAUGUUGGCUGUGGGGAGUGUAUUGUGUUAUGUCUAAGAAUUUGUGUUUUUCAUAGGUCCUACCAAAUGACUAAACGGAACUAAUUAGUUCAUUUUUACUUGGUUUGACAAUCAUCAAAUUGUUAAAUUACUGUCAGCAUUUUUUUAAACUGAUAUAGUACAUACGCAUAGGAAUUGUGACUAACAUUCGAUAUAGUUACUUUAUACUCGUAUAAGAGAGUUCAGUCGACGGCUAUUUUGAAACCAUUUCGAACUGCCUUUUUUUAUUAAUUAAAAGUUUUGCUUCUUAAUUUUGCCCUAGCUAGAGGUUUAACUUCAAAUUCGCUAUAGGAUCCAAAAUUACAUGGUGUGUAAAAUACCCAUAUCUUUCUCAGUAAGUAUGCUAACGUCACCCACAAAUUACAUUUUGGUGAUAUUUUGUUCUUAUUCGGGGAUAGCAAGAUCGAUUUACGUAUAGGUACGUAAAUGUCUCAUGUAACGUUGAUGUGCAUGACGUUAAGAUAUUAUAAUAGUUUAUAUAUUUGUAUUUGAUGUAAUGCCUGUUAACUGUUGGUCGAUUUUAUAAACCCGAAUGAAAGUUUGGAAGUCGGUGUCGCUCAUGUGUUGAUCUCUUUCGUGGUGUUUGUAUUUAUGUUAGUACCUAUUCUUUGUAAUUAUUAUGUUAUGUAAACCCAUUUUGUAUGAGUGUUCUGCAAGAAUCCGGACUUAUUCGUUUUAGAGUAAUUUUAGUUUGAAACGUAUCAGCUCGAAAGAGAAUUUCUGAAUUGGUUGUUCCAUGUGAUAAAACAAAACAUAGAUAUAAUGGCGCACAAAUUGGUCUUAUAACGAUUCCAUUUCUAUAUAUUAAUGUGCCCAGCGUUUUCAAAAUAUUGAACAAAUGUAGACACAAGUCACCAAUUAUUGACUUGUUUCUGUCUCUUAAUCAGUUCCGAAUGACCCAAACGCCGACAGAAUCGCUUAGCAUAGUGAAGCGGAAGCUCGACGGCUGAGCUGACGGUCUAUGGUUCGAGCCAUGGAUCUUUGUAAGUGUAUUGAUUAUUGGAAUAGAACCCCGGCCACACAAAAUAAAAUAAAUAAAAUGAUUGUAUGAGCAAGCGACCCAGCGGGCUCAGUGUUUUGGUUAUUCCACAAAAUGUCCUAGGCUCGCCAAUUUGCUUGUCACUGAUUACCAAGGAUUUGGCGGGUUACAUAAAUAGCCUAUAGGUAUUAGGUACCCACAUUAAAGUUGCUGUUAAUAUAAGAGUAAAUUAUUUUGUUACUACAAUUAAUGUGAUAAUGGUUGUUAACACUCAAGAAUGUUGUGAACUUCUUUUUUUGUAUAAAUAGCUUUAGAUAAGACAAAAACUUAAAAUAUAUGUUCAAUGUCAUUGUA